GGUACAGAAGCCACUUGUUUUGCCUAAAGCUGACUGGUUGGAUCCCCAGUCCCCCCAGUCCCAAAGUAUGGCCUUCAAGCACUGCCAGGAGUCACUCCUGAAUACCACUGGAUGUGACCCCCAAAACCAAACAACCUCCCCAUACCCUGUAAAGUCCCUGCGCAAUUAUAAAAGGGUUCCACACACAGAAGUCUUUCAAGGAGUUAUGAAAGCAGAAAGGAAACGUUAGGGUAUGAGGAAAGGGGGGGAGGGGGUUAUGCCCUUUGCUCUUUUUUUAUUAUUAUUAUUGAAUUUCCUUGAAAUACACAGUUACAAAGUUGCCCAUGAUUGGGUUUCACUCCUACAGUGUUCCAACACCGGUCUCUUCACCAGUGUGUGCUCCCCGCCGCAUGUCCCCAGUUUCCCUCCUGCCACCCUCCCCCCAGCCUGCCUCUGUGGCAGGUACUGUCCCCCUUUCUCCUCCUUUUGGUCUCUUAACGGACUUGCCGACGGACCCGUGAGGGGCAGCCCACUGCCUCCUCCGGGCAACUGAGGCUCCGCCGGGGCAGAGAGGGGUCUGGCCCGGGCCGCGGGGAGGUGGGCGGGCGAGCGGCGCGGGCCGAACUCUUGAGUCGCUCGCGGGCCACGCGCCCCGGCACUGCUGGGGUCGGGCCCGCACCCACCCCGCGCGCGGCCCGGCCCGGCCAACGGACGGCUCGGAACCCGCCGCCCCGCCCGCGCCGCGCGCGCCUCCGCCCUCCGGGGGUGGGGACACGGCGGGGGCCGGGCGGCGGGAGGAGGAGCCCGCGGCCGCCCGCCCCGCCCCGUCCCGUCCGGUCCGGCCUGGGCGCCCGGGAGCCGCCGUCCUCGCGUCCAGCCAUGGCCCCGCGCCCCGCGCUCCUGCCGCUCCGGCUGCUGCUGCUGCUGCUGAGCGGGACGGCGAGCAGGGCCCAGGCGGGCGCCGAGACCGAGGGGCCGCCGCGGACCCUGCAAGUGGAGACCCUGGUGCAGCCCCCGGAGCCGUGCGCCGAGCCCGCCGCCGUGGGAGACACGCUGCACAUCCACUACACGGGCAGCUUGGUAGAUGGCCGCGUCAUUGACACCUCCCUCACCAGAGACCCUCUGGUCAUAGAACUUGGCCAGAAGCAGGUGAUCCCAGGUCUGGAGCAGAGCCUUCUAGACAUGUGUGUGGGAGAGAAGCGAAGGGCCAUCAUUCCUUCGCACCUGGCCUAUGGAAAACGGGGGUUUCCACCAUCGAUCCCAGCGGAUGCAGUGCUGCAAUUUGAUGUGGAGCUGAUCGCACUGAUCCGAGCCAACUACUGGCAAAAGCUGGUGAGGGGCAUUUUGCCUCUGGUGGGCAUGUGCACGGUGCCAGCCCUCCUGGGUCUCAUUGGGUAUCACCUCUACAAAAAGGCCAGCAAACCCAAAGUCUCCAAAAAGAAGCUCAAGGAAGAGAAACGAAAUAAGAGCAAAAAGAAAUAAUAAACAAUUUAAAAACA